AUGUCCUCGAUCGCGAUUAUCCGUUCUCGAAAGAGGAAGGCGAGCCGUUCCUCGGCACAGCUGUUGCAGGGAGCUGAAGUCACCCAGUCCAAAAGACUAAACGUCAACAAGAUCAUCAAGGGCGAUUCGAGCCAUCAGAUAGUCUUGGGUGUUGGUCGUACUUCGUUUACAAAGUCGGAUUCGCUGGGGCAGGUCGGGCAGUGUGUAUCUGACCAGGUCUACACCCCCAAGGGCCGGAGAUGGUACGCACGCAAGUCCCUACCGGCGACGACAAAAAUAGACUCCGACCAAGAAUGGGUGCAACAAGACCGCAGAAGCUUCAUCAGCGAGAUCGAACAUCUGAGAUUGUUGCGCCACAAGCACAUAGCCAGACUGGCUGGGAGCUACACGGAUAUGGAGGGUAUCGCAUACCUCAUGGAGCCCGUUUCCGACACGACCCUCGACAUAUUUCUCGAGGGACAUCUCGACCAUGACGCCCGCAUCCUGCUUCGCCAGUCGUUUGGAUGUCUUGCCGCCGCCCUUGGUCAUAUACACAGCCACUCUCUCCACAUCAAGCAACUCUCCAGCGACAACAUCUCUGUGCAUCACGGGAAGCUCUUCAUCGGCGGCUUUGGCGCGCUGGUACAAAACCCCGAAGAUAGUGCGUACGCCGCCCCUGAGACUAGGGCAGCAGGUGAUGUGGAUGGGUCUACCAGAGAUUUGUGGGCGCUCGGUAUAAUCUAUCUGAAGAUCCUGAUGCGGCUCCAUGGAAUGCGGCCCAGUGAAGUCCGCCGUUUGGUCGACAAAAAUAGCCAAGAAGCAGCGUGUGGCAUGAGCAAACAAGGCAGUCUCGUAAGCUGUGUAGGAAGACUCAUCGAAUUUAUGGAAGACCAGGGUAGGCCUCGAUAUCAAGCGGCGGCGGAGUGGACAUCCGCUCUUCUGCGAGAGGAACCAUACAUGCGGCCGGAUUGUCAAAGUCUGCUGGAAAAGAUUCAGGUGUCCCGGCAUUCGCAAGAAUUCUGCUGCACAGACUGUCGCCGAGCUGGCGCAAGCAAUAGGCCACGAAAAAACAACAACUUUGCCCUGGUCAAGGUAGGCAAUGAGACUCUGAGAGGGCUUCUCGAAUUCAUCCCAUACUUUGGUCCUAAGCAGCCUUACAAAGGCUACCACGUGGACACCAGUUCGAGUACCAAAAGAACGCGCACCAUUCGAAUGGGCGAGGUCAAGAGCCCUGGUCAUAAACACGCCAGGCCUGUUCCCGUCAGACAAAUCAGUGAGGAGGAACUACCCUGGACAAGGGCCACAUCAUCUACGAUGCUUGGCUUCGUGAGGGAUUCGGGAGAAUGGCCACCAAUGACGACAGAUUUUCAGACUACGGCUGAGAGCCGCCCACUGCUCGCAUCUGCAUAUGAUCACGAGGACCAGGAGUCGGCCUAUCUGCAGCACAGCCACCCUGAAGAGAAAGGCUGCGAGAUAUCACCGAUACCUUCUCUCUUCAGCCCGGAGUCUUAUUCACAUCAAGCUUCAAGAGAAACCUCUCCAGCGCCGCCUGACUACAAUCCACUCCCAAGAGAAUCAGACGAGGUCGUCGCUCAUAAUCUCAACCGCAGUUGUAUCAAUGGCGAAGCAAGUAAUCUUCAAAUCCACUUGGAAGAGGCACUGGAGCGUCAACUCGACUCUGCUUGUCAAGAGGCUUGGUUCAAAGCGGUGUGCGGCGCCAGCAAGAAACACAACGACUGUGUACGAGUUUUCCUAGAAACGGCAGGGAGCGAGUUUGUCCACCUGGUAGAGCCUGGCCCAGGUCGUAGAACCGCGCUACUUCUUGCGGCAGACAACCCAAACCUCGCGGGAGCAGAUCUGGAAGAGCUUGUCGGGCUUCUGCUACGGCACGGGGCAGACUCCAACGUGGUCGACUCGCGCGGAGAUCAUGCGCUUGCGAAGCUCAUACGACGCGGUGGCGAUACGUCACGGACCAUAGAAGUAAUUGCCAGAGUGCAAAGUACCGACCUGAACAAGCCUGUGCGCGGGAGUGGGGACAGCCCUCUCCAUCUCGCCGUGGAGCAGGCAAAUGUCGCCGUCGUUUUGCUUCUGCUGCAUCUCGGGGCGGAUGUCGACCCCAUCAACACAAAUGGGGAAACACCACUGGAGGCUGUCGUGGUUCAAGUGUACAAUACUCCAGGUAUGCGUGCCAGUCGGGAGCAGGCAGAGAUUGUGCACACGUUGUUUGAUGCCGGGGCCAGGCAGGACGGAGUGAAGACUCACUAUCUCGCACAAAAAAAGGGCAUUGCUUAG